GGCUGCUACUCUGAAACCUGUAUUUGCUUGUUACGCAGUUCCCUUAGCUGUACACAGAGAAGCAGUCCUGGGGAGGAAAUUAGUAAAAAGUCCCUACGAUUAUUUUAAAGGAUUUUCUCUAUAAACUAGAAGAACAUUUUGAAGAUGCAGAAGGUUAGAAGGGUAAUUUGAAUCUUCAUGGAGACUUGGUUUUGUUGGUGAUUUGUCUGAUAUGGACAUGUGGAUAUGGAACUAAUGGAAUUCACAAACUCAUUGUAUUUGUACCGUUGAACAGCUAUCACCAGGUCUCUGAUCAAAAUGAAUGUCAUUAAAAGACUUUCUGCUUCAUAUCUGAGGAAAAGCAAGAUGCAGCAGAGGUGCCAAAGUAACAGACGACCAACUGCUCCACUUGGGUCACGGAUUUUAACUGAUCCUACUAAAGUUUUUGAACAUAACAUGUGGGACCACAUGCAGUGGUCACAAGAGGAAGAAGAAAGAGCCAGAGAAAAAGCAACAGAGAACUCGCUUGUGCGAGUUCAACCGGAAGAUCAAGACAAAUAUGAAAGAGAAGCUAGUAAAUACUGGAAUGAAUUUUACAAGACUCACAAGAAUAACUUUUUCAAGGAUCGUAACUGGCUGUUUCUGGAGUUUCCAGAAAUUCUUCCAAAAGGAAGGAAAGAUCAGAUGAAUAAAGAAGAAAAAUCUUGUUGUCAUGUAAAACUGAAUGCUACAAACAAUUGCACAAAUGUGGGCUUUCCUGGAACGUUUGAAGAAGGCAAAGAUUAUUGUCAGAACAAUUUGGCGGAUGGUCUAACUUCUGUGCAAGGACACGCAUACAACAAAAGCCAAGCAGAACCUGUUACUGACAACAAACAUGUUAAGAACUGUGAACAAGAAUCUGUGAAGCAAGAAUCCUUUCCUGGCAAUGGUGCUACCUACAGAAUACUAGAGGUUGGUUGUGGUGCUGGAAACAGUGCUUUUCCUAUUUUGAAAGUUAUAUGCAAUACCCCAGGAGCCUUUCUGUACUGCUGUGAUUUUGCGCUGGGAGCAGUGGAGCUAGUAAAGUCACACUUGUCCUACAAUUCAGCCUGGUGUUCUGCCUUUGUUCAUGAUGUGUGUGAUGAUUCCUUACCCUACCCUUUUCCAGAUGAGAUCCUGGAUGUCAUUCUCCUUGUCUUUGUGCUCUCUGCCAUUCAUCCUGACAGGAUGCAAGGAGUUGUAAGUAGACUGACCAGAUUAUUGAAACCUGGAGGGAUGUUGUUAUUUCGAGACUACGGAAGAUAUGAUUCAUCUCAGCUUCGUUUUAAAAAAGGCCGCUGUUUGUCAGAGAAUUUUUAUGUACGAGGAGACGGUACCAGAGUUUAUUUCUUUACAGAAGAUGAGGUCCACAACAUGUUUACCCUGGCUGGGUUAGUUGAAGUGCAGAAUCUAGUUGAUCGACGAUUACAAGUCAACAGGAAGAAAAAAGUGAAAAUGCAGCGAGUUUGGAUACAAGGCAAGUUCCAAAAACCAUUUCAGCCACCUCAGAAUAGCCACCAAUCGGCACCCUCAUAGCUAAAUAUAUAGUAUUCCCCAGAGACCAAAACAAGUGAGUGCACAUAUAUUUCCUGUGGAUCCUGUGUUAACUGCUGAAAAGGCAGGAAAAAUGUUGAACUGAAAGCAUUUUCUUAAAAAAAGUGUACUUUGUUGUUGUUAAGAAGUGAUGUGGAAAAUGUCUCUUGUCUUGCCUGUAUACAUAAUAAAAUGGCUGUGCACUAACCUA